UAAAGCAAAAAUUUAUCCAGUAAAGGGCUUUCAUGAAGAAAUUAAAGAGAAACGACAAGCAACAGGGAAACCAGGCAUUUGUGUGCUGGAGAAACCACCUAAAACAACUGUGUGGCUGAGGUGAAAGCAUGAAGACACCUGGAAGACAUUUUACUGAGUGUGACAUUUCUGCCCGUCUUUCUGCUUAGGGAAGAGAGGAUAUAGUUUUCUGGAGAAUAAGAGUGCAGUGUAAACAUGGAGACUACAGUUUCUGAAAUCCAAGUAGAAAAUAUGGAUGAGAAGCGGGCAGCAGAAGGCAGGGCUCAGGAGGACAGGCGGGAGGGCCGAGCAUCCAAGCUCUGCUUCAAGAGAAGGAAGAAAGCGGCCCAGGCGCGGGAGCCCAAAACUGCCUCUGAAGCUGCCCACGUGGCAAAGAAGCGGCCCCCAGAAGCAGGAGCUUCCGACCAGCCACAGUCCCCAGGGGGGGCCUGGGCCUCCAUCAAACGUCUCGUAACUCGCAGGAAAAGGGCCAAUGCAUCCAAGCCGCCAAAGCCGCUGGGGGCUGAAGUGCAGCCCGGAGUCAGUGCUGAGGAUGCCGAUCUUUCUAGGAAAAAGACCAGAUCCAAGCUUAAGAUUCCCUGCAUACGGUUCUCGAGAGGGGCAAAAAGGAGUCAUCAUUCUAAAAUCAUAGAAGACUCAGACUGCAGUAUCAGAGUCCAGGGAGAGACUGAACAUCUGGACACACAAACUCAGACCGAGUCGGAUGACCAGGCGACAAAGGCUAAGUCAACCCAGAAUCUGGAUGAGUGCGUCUCGAGGAAGGAUGGUGAUGAGCUCUGUGAGUCACACCUGAGUAACAGUACAACUUCCGGAGAGAAAGUGAUCUCAGUGGAACUUGGAUUAGAUGACGGGCAUUCUGCUAUUCAAACAGGAACUCUAAUCCCUGAAAAGGAAAUUGAAACCAUUGAGGAAAAACAAGAUGUCCAACCCCAGCAAGCAAGCCUGCUUGAAACUUCAGAAACAGACCACCCGCCGCCAGUAGCUUCUGAGGCUCCUCCUUCACCUGUAAUUCCAGAUCAACAAACUGUGGAAGCAGCCAGAAACGGUGUCCUAGAAAGUGGACCGAACUGGUAUGAUGACGAACCUGAAGAGAUUGUAGCUGAAGAGAAUGAGCUGAAAGACACUGAACCGAGCCCGAAAGAGACUGAACCGAGCCCAGAAACCGAUUUUAAAGAAAAUGGGAUCACUGCAGAGAAACCCAAAUCAGAAGAGAGCAAGAGAAUGGAGCCAAUUGCUAUUAUUAUUACAGACACUGAAGUCAGUGAGUUUGAUGUUAAGAAGUCUAAAAAUGUCCCUAAGCCAUUCUUAAUUUCAAUGGAAAAUGAGCAAGUAGGGGUUUUCACUAAUGACGGUGGUUUUGAGGGUAGGACUUCAGAACAGUAUGAAACGCUCUUGAUAGAAACAGCCUCUUCUCUCGUCAAGAACGCUAUCCAGUUGUCUAUCGAGCAGCUGGUUAAUGAAAUGGCCUCUGAUGAUAAUAAAAUAAACAAUCUUCUACAGUGACUUUCCCGAUCAUGGGAGGAAAAAACAGCUUAAUGAAUUAUUUUACACAUCGGUGGCAUUUCUCAGUAACAAAAGAUUGUUCAUUGGUAGAAUUUCAAGGUACAAUUCUAGCCCAGAAGUGCCAGAGAAUAAGCCAAGUUUGUAAAACUCUCUCUGCCACUGAAAUGCAGUCACUGCUGGACUGGAGGAAGGCAGCAUGGAUUGCAAUGCCAGGUGACAUUCAGGAAACACUAAAAUGCCAUGUGGAGAUUGUAGUGCUCUGGGGAAGGAAGGUGCAUUUAUUGAGCACUUAUGAUAUACCUUAAGUUCUUUCAUGUCCUCUGAUGUCACCAAGUCUGAUUUCCUUUUGAUAAUUCAACCAUGUGUAUAGGUUGGCAUCCCAUUCCAUUUUUAAAAGCUCAUUUUUUACAGUGCACUUUUAUGUUGUUUAAAAUGAUGAAUAAGGUGAGCCUCUUUUGUGAAUGUGUGACUUAUAGUUGCUACACUCCUAAGCAGUAGUAACUCAAAAAAUAGAUUGCCUUUUGCCCAAUUUCAGCAGAUAUUCAAAAUAUUCAUCUUGAAAUGAAACAUGAGUGGUUUUCUAGUCUUGCUCAAGUCCCUUAAAAGAGCCAUUCACAAAUUCCUUCAACCAGGCAAGUAGGUACUAAGUGCACAAGUAUGGAAACCGGGAGUGUAUUUUUCCCUCUCCAUCUCCCUUUUGCAUCAGCAGACCUGUAUAUGUGGAUUAAUUUCUCAGUACACCUUUAUAUUAUGUAACCAUUAGUUCGCCAGUUGCAUAGCUUGUCGAUUGAUAUUUGGCUUUUAAAUGAGCUCCAGAACCAAGAAAAUAAAAUAUAAAUAAUUUCAAUA